CUUCACGGAUGUGUGGCUCCAGAUGUUCCAGCUCCCGAGACCCCCAAAUCACCACGCUCGCCGCAGCAUAUGGCGCCAGCCGCGAUCCCCAGCUCAUGUCCAAGAAAUGCUCGCCGUUGCCAUGACACCAAUGGCUGCCUCCGUGUACUACCCUGCGACACAACCUUGCUCGUAUUCGUCCUAUCCUCGCCGUCGCCGACAUGCCGUGGUGGUCGCGGCCUCCGCGUCAUCGUCGCCGGAGGAGACCAAGGACGUCGUCAUCGUGGGCGCGGGCAUCGCGGGUCUGGCCACGGCGCUCUCCCUGCGACGGCUCGGCGUGGGCGCCACCGUGCUGGAGCAGGGGCCGUCCCUGCGCGCGGGCGGCACGUCGCUGACGCUGUUCAAGAACGGGUGGCGCGUGCUUGACUCCAUCGGCGUCGCCGACGAGCUCCGGGCCAAGUACCUCCGCGUCCAGGGGAUGAGGAUGCGGUCAUCGGCGGGCGGGCGGGACCUGCGCGAGUUCUCCUUUGAGGAAGAAGCUCCUGGACAGGAGGUGCGGGCGGUGGAGAGGCGGGUGCUCCUCCAGACGCUGGCCUCCAAGCUCCCGCCGGGCGCCAUCUCCUUCUCCUCCAAGCUCAAGUCGGUCGCCGGGCAAGGGGCCGAGGGCACCCUGCUUGAGCUCCAGGACGGGAGGCGACUGCUCUCGAAGGUUGUUGUCGGCUGCGACGGCGUGAACUCGCCGAUCGCGAGGUGGAUGGGGUUCUCGGAGCCCCGGUACGUCGGGCACAUGGCCUUCCGGGGCCUGGCGGACUACGCCGGCGCCGGCGGGCAGCCGUUCGAGCCCAAGGUGAACUACAUCUACGGCCGGGGCCUCCGCGCCGGCUUCGUGCCGGUCUCCCCAACUAAAGUAUACUGGUUCAUCUGCUUCAAUAGCCCAACCCCAGGGCCGAAGAACACCGACGCGGCGGCGCUGAAGAAAGAGGCCCUGGAGCUGGUGCGGGGCUGGCCGGACGACCUCGUCGCCGUGAUGCGGAGCACUCCGGACGACUCCGUGGUGAAGACGCCGCUCGUGGACCGGUGGUUGUGGCCGGGGGUGGCGCCGCCUGCGUCGAGGGGCGGCGUGGUGCUCGUGGGCGACGCGUGGCACCCCAUGACGCCCAACCUCGGCCAGGGCGCGUGCUGUGCGCUCGAGGACGCCGUCGUCCUGGCGCGCCGCCUCGCUCCGGCGGUGCUCGCGGCCGGCUCCGGGGACGACGUCGGAGAGGCGUUGCGCGAGUACGAGAGGGAGAGGUGGAGGCGGGUGUUCCCGCUGACGGCGCGCGCGGGGCUCGUGGGCGCGCUGGUGCAAUGGGGCAACCCGGCGGUGUGCGCGGUGCGGGACGGCGUGGUGAUCCCGAGGCUGGUCAGGCUGGGGCCCUUCCUCGAGCACACCAACUUCGAGUGCGGCCUGCUCGAGCCGGCGCCGCCGUCGCCAUGAUCGGUAGAUGGGGUCAAAGGUUGUAUAGCUCACUCAGUCUGAUUCAUAGAUACUACUGCAUCGAUCCGAAUUUUUCAAAACCAUGGAACCGCUAAGUUGUACUCUACAGUACAAUCUUUGCCGUUCAAAAGUGCAGGCGUUGCAAAAUGAUUUUGGUGAGCCGGAUUUGCUGCUCGAACAAGAGAAAACAGAGAACAAGCAUAGUCACCACAAGAUCACAUUCUAAA